GGAGAUGAACAUACAAUAUUACGAUCUUGGGCAGUAAAGGAUUUUGCUCCCAACGUUCCACAAUAUGUUCAAAUUUUCCGUCCUGAAACAAAAAUGCACAUCGAACAUGCUGAAGUUGUUGUGUGCGAAGAUGAAUUUAAAUAUUCACUUCUAGCUAAUAACUGUAUAUGCCCGGGCAUUUCAACUUUUAUUACGCUUCUGAUGCAUACAUCUCGGGGAGAAGAAGGUCAGAAAUCGUCAGAAACAUGGCACAAAGUUUAUGGUUUUCAUUCCGGCAAUGAAAUAUACGAUAUUCGAAUUAGAGAUAGCAAAUUUUUCGGAGAAUACAUUGGAAAAUCGUUUAUUUUUGCUUCUUUUCACGCCUAUCGAACGUACGGUGUCGGCUUAGUUGCAGUCAAAUCAGAAGGAUUAGACGAGAAAAUUCGGCUCAAUCCAGGACAGCAUUACUACUUGAAUCCAAUGGAUACUGUUUACUACAUGGCAUUAACAAACGAAGAAUCACUCGUAAAUUUCCGGAAAGGAAUGAGUGCUCAGCGUCAAAAAGCUAAUGUUGCAUCUGCAAUAGCAAACAUUGGUGCUGUUGCGGUUGAUUUGAGUGAUAUUGAGAAAAAUGAGAUGAAACCAGGCAAAAAACGGAAUCGUCUGCUAAAGAUUAAAAAAGCUGAAAUUGACAGAUCAUCGAAACUUUUGGUAGUAUUAUUAUGUGCAUUAAUAAUCAAAAAAUUUUUUGAUAUUAUUUUUUUAAGUUUGUUUUUUUUCCAAUUUAUGGCUAAUAAAUUUUUUAAAUUUAUGAAAAAUAAAACUUACAGAACUAAAAAAACUUAUCCGCCACUUACUUCUUAUAUCUGUACCGGAUUUACUAUAUGCCAUAUAUUGAAUGAACAACGACCAAUCUGUUGCUUGGAAAUUGCUUGUGAACAUUGUUGCUACCGUACGGCAAAUGAGUAUAAUUGGAAAAAUCCUGCCAUAAUUGUGGCUGCGGAUAGAGCAUGUUCAGGCUUGUAUAAUCUAAUUAUUCCAUUACGUGCUUAUUAUCGUCCUGUACAUGAACUUCAACCUAUUAUACUUCUGCUAGAAUUAGAAGAAACUGAAACGCCGAACCCUGCAUUUCUCGACAUCAUUGCAUGGUUUCCUUCUGUUUAUUGGAUGCAAGGCAAAAUAUCAAGCUUGGAAAAUCUUCUAAAAGCUGGCGUUUGUAGAGCUAAUAAUGUGGUAGUAACAAGAGAAGGAGCAUUAUCUGUCGAAGAACAUUUAGCUGACUGCGCAACAAUUGUUACUGUACAAAAGAUACAUAGGAUGUUUCCAAACUUACGCAUGAUUACAGAGCUUACACACGCAAGCAAUAUGCGCUUCAUGCAAUUUGAUGCUGAUGACCAGUGUGCCCUUCGACAGUCUAUCUACGAAAAAAAAGAACGUAAGCGAGGAUCAUCAAUGCCAUACAUGUUUCGAUUACCGUUUGCGCAAGGUGGUGUUUUUUCUGCUAGCAUGCUUGAUCGUCUCCUCUAUCAAGCUCACGUUAAAAGUUAUGUGGUUGAUUUUAUUCGAUUACUUCUUGGCAUUGAUCAGUCUCAAGGCUCGGGCUACCUAACAAGCUUUACGAUAAAAUCAGAAGAUUUAUGGAUAGGAACUUAUGGUCGUCUUUAUCAGAAACUCUGCGCUUCUGUUGCUGAUAUACCGAUUGGACUUUACCGUACAAUGCAAAUGGAUGACUCUGAAGCUACAGUCAUUUUUUUAAAAUAUGAGGGCAAGCAUAGUACUAUCUCUUAUGUUAUUAUCAAUCCAUCGCUUGACAUUACACUCGAAGCUGGUGAUAUUGUGUUAGUUUAUAACAAUUGCUGA